CUCCCGAUAUAGUGCGGCGCGGCGCGGUGCGGGCAGCAGUUGGCGGGCGGCGCUGUGCGGUGUCGGCUGCGAGCGCAUCGAACUUGGGACUGUCCGCCGGCGCCAGCUGCUGAACAUGAGCCUCCUGCCUCUGUACCUGCUCGGAUUGCUCCUCAGUAGCGGGCAAGCUCUACUUCAGGUUUCCAUUUCUCUUAGCAAAGUCGAACUCAGUGUCGGUGAAUCCAAAUUCUUCACAUGUACAGCCAUUGGUGAGCCUGACAACAUAGAUUGGUACAAUCCGCAAGGAGAGAAAAUUGUUUCUAGUCAAAGAGUGGUUGUUCAGAAAGAAGGUGUUCGAUCACGUCUCAUCAUUUAUAAUGCAGAUGUAGAAGAUGCUGGCAUAUAUCGAUGUCAAGCAACAGAUGCUAAAGGACAAACUCAAGAAGCUACUGUUGUUUUGGAAAUUUAUCAAAAGCUCACUUUUCGGGACAUAGUAUCUCCACAAGAGUUCAGGCAGGGAGAAGUUGCAGAAGUUGUUUGCCGUGUCACUAGUUCACCUGCUCCCAUUGUCAGCUGGCUGUAUCGGAAUGAAGAAAUAUCAACUCUUGCUGACAAUCGAUUGGCAAUAUUAGCCAACAAUAAUCUUCAGAUUCUUAACAUCAAUAAAAGUGAUGAAGGAGUAUACCGUUGUGAAGGAAGAGUGGAAGCCAGAGGAGAGAUUGACUUUCGGGAUAUAAUUGUUAUUGUGAAUGUUCCCCCUGCAAUUACUGUGCUACAGAAAUCUUUUAAUGCCACUGCAGAUCGAGGAGAAUCCAUAACUUUGUUUUGCAGAGCCACUGGAUCGCCUCCACCAGAAAUAAGUUGGUCUAGGAAUGGUAAACUUAUUGAAGAAAAUGAAAAAUACAUAUUGAGAGGGAGCAAUACAGAGUUAACAAUAAGAGAUAUAAAAAAUAUUGAUGCAGGUCCUUAUAUCUGCAGUGCUAAAAACAAAGCAGGAAAUGAUAAAAGACAGACAUUCCUUCAAGUUUUUGUACAGCCUCAAAUAAUACAACUUAAAAAUGAAACCACAUUUGAGAAUGGGAAAGCCACCCUCAUCUGUGAAGCAGAAGGAGAACCUAUUCCAGAGAUUACUUGGAAAAGGGCCGUUGAUGGAAUAACUUUCUCUGAAGGUGACAAGAGCCCAGAUGGCCGUAUAGAAGUCAAAGGGCAGCAUGGAAAAUCGUCACUGCAUAUUAAAGAUGUGAAGUUGUCAGAUUCAGGGAGAUAUGACUGUGAAGCUGCAAGUAGAAUUGGUGGGCACCAAAAGAGCAUGUACCUUGAUAUUGAAUAUGCCCCAACGUUUCUGUCAAAUCAAACUGUGUAUUUCUCUUGGGAAGGCAAUCCCAUCAAUAUAACAUGUGAAGUACUGGCAAAUCCAUCUGCCUCAGUUCAGUGGAGAAAAGGAAAAUUAGUUCUACCAGUAAAGAAUUCAACACAUCUGAAGACCUACAGUGCAGGAAGAAAGCUGAUUCUAGAGAUUGCUCCUACAUCUGACAGUGAUUUUGGACAGUAUAAUUGUACAGCUACAAACAGAAUAGGAACAAGAUAUCAGGAGUACACACUCGGUCAAGCCGAUGUGCCAUCAAAUCCUUAUGGAGUACGAGUUUUAGAGUUGUCACAAACCACUGCCAAGGUUUCAUUCACUAAGCCAGAUUCACAUGGAGGUGUGCCCAUUCACCACUACCAAGUGGAUGUAAAAGAGGUAGCCUCAGAAACCUGGAAGAUUGUUCGCUCCCAUGGAGUUCAAACAAUGGUUGUUCUCAGCAAUUUGGAACCAAAUACAACGUAUGAAAUCAAAGUAGCUGCUGUAAAUGGAAAAGGGCAAGGAGAAUAUAGCAAAAUCGAGAUAUUUCAGACUUUACCUGUCCGUGAGCCAAGCCCACCGUCAAUUCAUGGACAGCCAGGAAGUGGAAAGAGUUUCAAACUUAGUAUAACUAAACAAGAUGAUGGAGGUGCCCCCAUUUUGGAAUACAUUGUCAAAUACAGAAGUAAAGAUAAGGAAGACCAGUGGCUAGAGAAAAAAGUGCAGGGUAGUAGAGACCACAUCAUCUUAGAGCAUCUUCAGUGGACCAUGGGUUACGAAGUACAAAUUACAGCUGCAAACAGACUGGGUUUUUCUGAACCAACAUUGUACGAAUUUAGCAUGCCACCGAAGCCCAACAUUAUUACAGAUAGAUGCUGUGAAGCUACUAGACGUGAAAAUGGAGGCCAGUCCCUGCAGCUGAAUGCUGCUGGUUUCUCUUUCAUUGUAGUCAUAAGUUUCUGGUGCAUGUUGUGAAGCUGGUGAUGAGGCAAGCAAUACGUAUUUUUCCUCUCCCUCUUAAUAUUUAGAGAAAAUUAACACAAACCUGUAAAGACAUAAAUAAAUGUACUUUUCUAUAGCUCUUCUAAAAUUUCUAAUCCAAGAUAAGACCCCGAAUAGUGUAAUUUCUUCAGUCUAUGCAUGUAAAAUUCUUCAUCCAGUUUUUUGUAAACUUGUAAAUGUUGAAACAAAUUCAACAGAUUAUGCGUGGAUGUUCUGUCUGACAGAAAUUGGAGAAUGUGAUCUAUUCAGUUUCAUUUGAUUGAUUUGAGUCAAUGCUGUUUUCUAAACUGUGUUUUGGUUAUAAGAAAUCUUUGCCUAGACUUUUAUCUCAGUAAUACAGUUUUCUGGAUAUGACAUGAACUGAGCUUCUUUGAGAGCAUUUUGAUUCUCUGUUAAUCGCUUUUAGUGUUGUGCUUAUACUUAAUAGUUCCUUCCAUGAUGUAGUUAAAACUUUGUGCUUAAUAUAGACAUUUUUUGUACUUUCCACUGGAUUUUAAAAAUCGUUUAUUCACUGAUUUGUAGUCUACAAGUUGCUUUAGUUCACAGAAUUUAAUUUCCUAUAAUUUCAGUGUACCUCUCUGCAGCCUUGCUUCAGCACAGAAAAUACAUUGCUGUCUUCCAUACUCAGUUCUGAAACUGGAACAGUGCCACAUUCAAAUUCAUGGCAUUUGUUGGUCUUGAAAUUCCAGUGAGCUUAAUCUUGACCUUCAGUACAGAAUAGGUAGAAGCCUUUUCCCUGUUUCAUAUGUAAAACAUAUGUUCUGUGUAACAUAGAACAUAGGAGCAUGGAACAAAGAAUACAAAGCCUCAGAUUUUUUUCUAAAUUGAUUUAGUAAGUAUGUAUGCAAAAGUUGGACUGCAUAUAUCUGAUAUUAGAAUCUACGUAGUUGACUUUUUUAGGGUACUUGGCUUCAAAUCAUUACUGAGUGUAGCAAACUAUACAUUUACAGUAUAUGGUGUUUUUUCUUCGGGGGUUAUAACCAUUAGCUUGUAACUUUGAAAGUAUUUGGUCAAAUUUAAGUUCAUAUAUCUUCACCAGUGUAAAGGAUAUUCUUAUUUCUUAGAAACAGUGAUUAUUGUCAGUUUUGCUAGUUCUUGGUUGUUCUCUGAAGUCAUUAAUACAACAUUAAUAGACCCUCUUUCCAUCAUAAAAAUAAACAAAAAAUCAUUUUAGAAAACCAAUUUAUGUCAUAAAUUGACAUAAGAUGUCCUCGUAAGUGACAUGUCCUCAGAAUGCAUACGUGUAAAUCUGAAGACUAAUUUAUUGUAUUCACAAAAAGGCUUAUAUAUGUAUAU